CAUACAAUCACACUUUCUUUACUUUCAUUUAAACAAACCAUUUACACUUUCCACAAAUUCUUCAUUGCAUUCAUGAAACAAUAUCAAUCAUUCAUGGGUUGGUUGCUUCUGUUUUUGCAUCUUUUCCUUUUCACUUCUUCUUCUUCUUCUUCUUCUUCUUCUUCUUCUUCUUCUUCUUCUUCUUCUUCUUCUUCUUCUUCUUCUUCUUCUUCUUCUUCUUCUUCUUCUUCUUUCAAUUUCUUAUGUCAUCAUGAUGAGAGCUCUAAUUUGCUUCAAUUCAAGUCUUCCUUCGAUAUAAAUACUUACUCUUAUUGUGAUGAACCUGCUUCAAAGACAGCAACAUGGAAAAACGGGACUGAUUGUUGUUCCUGGAAUGGUGUCACCUGUGACACCAUCUCUGGUCACGUCAUUGGUCUCAACCUUGGCUGUGAAGGCAUUGAAGGUACAUUACACCCUAAUAGUACCCUUUUCCAUCUUCCUCACCUCCAAUCACUUAACCUUUCUUACAUUCAUUUCUUUGGCUCUCCUUUUCAUUUUAAGUUUGGUGGGUUUCUCAGUCUUAAACAUCUAGACUUGUCUGCUUGUACCUUUGAAGGUGAAGUUCCUCUUCAAAUCUCACAUCUUUCUAAAUUAGAAUCACUUUAUCUCUCCAUGAAUCGUUAUUUAGUUUGGAAAGAGACUACCUUGAAGAGACUCGUACAAAAUGCAACAAAUUUAACAGACCUUUUUUUGGAUGAAACAAAUAUGUCUUCAAUAAGACCAAACUCCAUAGAUUUGAUCUUCAAUCAAUCUUCCUCUUUGGUUACUCUUAAUCUUCUAGCUACAGAAUUAAGUGGAAAAUUGAAAAAGAUUUGUUUACCAAAUAUUCAAGAGCUAUAUAUGUCAUAUAACUACCUUGAAGGCCAACUUCCAGAAUUGAGUUGCAGCAAUUCUCUCAGAAUCUUGGAUCUCCCACAAUGUCAAUUCAAAGGGUCAAUUCCUCUGUCUUUUUCUAACCUCACACACCUUACGUCCCUAACUAUUUCAAGUAAUAAUCUUAACGGUUCAAUCCCAUCCUCACUUUUAACUCUUCCAAAUCUAACUUAUUUGUCUCUCUCUUCCAAUGAUCUUAGUGGUCAAAUCCCAAAUGUAUUUCCUCAGUCAAAUAGAUUUCAAGAAUUAGACUUGAGUGACAACAAAAUUGGAGGUGAGAUACCAUCAUCACUUUCAAACCUUCAACAACUUACUGACUUAUAUCUUUCAUCCAAUUUAUUUUCCGGUCAAAUCCCAGAUGUGUUUAGUAGGAUGACUCAACUAGUUAAAUUAGAUUUCUCUGAUAAUAAAUUAGAGGGUCCCUUACCCAACAAAAUUACAGGUUUCCAAAACCUAACUCAGUUAAAUUUAAAUGACAACUUACUAAAUGGAACAAUUCCUUUGUGGUGUUUAUCCUUGCCAUCUUUGAUAAAAGUAGAUCUAUCAAACAAUCGACUUACAUGGCAUGUCGAUGAUGCAUUCUCAUCAAAUUCCUUAGAGGAACUGUAUCAAAAUAACAACAUGUUACAAGGAAAUAUUCCAGAAUCCAUUUUCAGACUUGCAAAUCUAAAAGUCUUGUGGUUACAUUCAAACAACUUGAGUGGUCUUGUCAAUUUUCAAAUCUUCUCCAAACUUCAAAAUCUGUCAGAUUUAUCCCUUUCAUGGAAUAGUCAAUUGUCACUAAACUUUGAAUCUAAUGUCUACAAUAGUUUUAAUCUAUUUGUAUUAGAAUUAGCUUCUGUCAAUCUGAUCAAAUUCCACAAAUUACAAGGAAAUUUCACAAAUUUGGAAGAUCUUGAUCUUUCUAAUAACAAACUUAAUGGAAUGCCCAAAUGCUUAAUUGAAACAGGUCACUUGCAAUUUUUUAACCUCUCUCAAAACUUGUUCACGUCAACAGAUCAAUUGAUUGAAAUGGCAGUGAACAAUGAUAAUCUCUAUAUACUUGAUCUUAGUUUUAAUUUACUGAAUGGUGACAUCCCUUUGGCAGUUUGCAAUAUAAAUUCUGAACUUGAAUUUCUGAACUUGGGACACAACAAUUUGAGUGGUAUCAUUCCACAAUGUUUUUCAAAUUUUCAAUCCCUUCAGUUUUUGGAUCUACAGAUGAACAAAUUUCAUGCCACUUUGCCAAGUAACUUUUCCGAGUACAUUACCAUUCUAAAUCUUAAUGGAAACCUAUUAGAAGGCCUUUUGCCUAAAUCUUUGUCCCAUUGCAAAUACCUGAAAAUUUUAAAUCUUGGAAGCAACAGAUUAGAAGACAAAUUUCCCGACUGGCUUCAAACUCUACAAGAUUUGAAAGUGCUGGUUUUGAGAGACAACAGGUUCCAUGGUCCCAUUGCCAAUUUAAAGAUCAAACAUCUAUUUCCAAGUUUAGUCAUUUUUGAUAUCUCGGGCAACAAUUUUAGUGGUUUUCUACCAAAAGCCUAUUUCAAAAAUUAUGAAGCCAUGAAGAAUGUUACUCAAGUUGGUGGGGAUAGCAGUUUGAUAUACAUGGAUCCUUGGUGUUCAGAGUACUAUGACGGAUGCAGUACUGAUUCUGUGACUGUGACAACAAAAGGUAACGAAAUGACACUGGUGAGAAUUCCAAAAUUGUUUGUAAGUAUUGAUUUGUCAAGAAACAAUUUUGAAGGAGAGAUUCCAAAUGCUAUUGGAGAGCUUCAUGCACUCAAAGGCCUUAACCUUUCCCAUAAUAGACUCGUCGGUCAUAUUCCCCAAUCCAUCGGAAACUUGACAAACUUGGAAUCUUUGGAUCUUUCAUCGAAUAUGUUAGCCGGUGUGAUUCCUGCAGCAUUAGCCAAUUUGGGCUUUCUUGAAGUAUUGAAUCUUUCAAAUAACCAUCUUGUGGGAGAAAUACCUCAAGGACCACAAUUCAAUACAUUUACAAAUGAUUCAUAUGAAGGAAACUUGGGGCUAUGUGGAUUUCCAUUGUCAAAGAAAUGUGGACCUGAACCUCAUUCUCCACCUCCACCUCCAGCCAACAACUUUAGGAGUGAAGAGAAAUUUGGAUUUGGAUGGAAACCAGUGGCAAUUGGAUAUGGAUGUGGAUUUGUGAUUGGAAUAGGCAUUGGAUAUUUUGUGUUUUUUAUUGGAAAGCCAAGAUGGCUUGUGAUGCUAUUUGGUGGUCAGCCUAAGAGAAGAGUGAACAGGAGGAGGAUUAGAGUGAGGAGAACCAAUGGUUCUACUCAGAUGGUGCCAAUGUCAUAGUUUCAUUUUUGUGGUUUGAUUUUGGGUUGUAAGUUUGUAAUCUGAAUGAAUAUAUUGUGUGUUUUUAUCCAUAUGUAAUUUAGCUAGAAUUCAUAAGUUUUAUCCCAUUUAAUCAUCUCUUUACAAUGAGCUCCGAAACAUCGGAAGGAGCCAAGCAUCAACAACAAAGAUAUUGCAGUUCA